AUCUGUGUCCAGAGUGGGAGGUCUUUCCUGCUAUUGCCAGUGUGGGGCAGCCAAUCAGCGUGCGCGUCAACAUCGCAGUCCGGAAAAAGGAAGCUAAACUCGAAAAGAGCGCCUUGAUUUAAAGUGGAGACGUUACGGGAAGGGUCCACCUAAUCACUGUGACUAUGAGUUUCUCCCCUGGUCCAUCUGGCCCUCUCGGGCUCACCACUAUCCAGGAGCAGAGGGAACGCUGGGAGAGAAAACGCAGCCGGACAGCUAAAGAGUUGGUGCAGACAGAACAACGCUACUGUCAACAGCUGGAGCUGGUCACCACUUACUUUGUGGAAAUCUUGAAAGCCAAAGGAACCCUGAAGCAGGACAUUAGAGAAAGCAUCUUCAGUUCAAUUAAAGCCAUUCAUUCAGUAAACCAAUCUCUGCUGGUCCAUCUGGAGAAUGGCUACUUUGGCCGAGGGUUCGACCAGUUCUGUCCACAGCUGCACAACUACAACAUGUAUGUGGACAACAUCUACAACGCCAGCAAAGUGCUCAGGAUCCAGCUGAAAAAAAACAAGGCCUUCAGACGUUUUAAGGAGCUACAGGAAGCCCGGCCAGAGUUCAACAACCACAAACUGGAGGACUUGCUUCAACUUCCCAUUCAGCGGAUUGAUCAGUACAAACAUUUCCUACAGGACCUGACUGCCAACACAAGUCCAGACAACCCAGAGUUUCAGCAGCUUUCAAGGGCGGUGACUGCAGUGUGCGUGGUGUCCCAGCGUAUACACAACAAUAACCAGUGCCAUGAGAAUCACCUGCAGCUUUGCCGGGUGCAGAAACUGCUGAAAGGGCGAAAGACGAAGGUGUUGGCUGCAGGGAGAUGGUACAUCCGUGAGGGCUGGCUCAAGAUGGUUCCUCCGAAAGGUGCAGACGCCAAGCCCAAGAUGUUCUUCCUGUUCUCCGACAUGCUGCUGCAGGCCAAGCGCUGCAGCCCGCUGCAUCCCAUCAACGGAGACAAGUUUGCCGGCCAGCAUGCAUACCCUCUGCAGGACUGCACUGUGGAGAAGGUGUUUGGCCACACCAAGAGCCAGGGAGGCCUGCUCAGUUUAACCUUCCCCAAAGCCAAACUCCUGCUGAUGUCCAGCAACCAGGAGGAUCUCAAUGACUGGUACGAAAGCCUGAGCUCAGCUAUAAGGAAGCUGCAGUCUAAGACAGUGGUCCAUCAAAGAGAUGAGUUGUGUCGGAGACCCCUUCGCUCAGCCGGUGACUGCCACAAUACGCCCAGCAGCAGUGACCCCAGCAGGAAGAGAAACAUGGUCAGCGCAGAGAGUGCUGAGCAGACUCAGAAGUGGGAGGGCAGCGCCCCCAAGAGGAUGAAACAGAGUGAUGCUCCAGAGCAGAGCAGUGUAGAGGCGUCCACUUCCAGCUGUGUGAUCCUCUGAUGGACUUCUUCUUCCAAUGAUGAGAUGACGGUGAUCGUGAUCCUGCAGUCUGUCUGAGAGUUUCACUUCAGACUGACUUUUUGUUCCAAACAUGACACAUGCAGCUGUGCAUGUGUCAUUUAACUAAACUCAUUUCUUAUUGUGCUUCUUAACACAAGUCAGGACCGGUUUGGAUUCGAACUAACAGCAGCUUCAGCUUCUGCCCAUCAUGUGCAAUAUAAACAUAUAUCCAUCUGCUGCUUUAAACGCCAAAUAUCUGAAGAAGGGUUAACUGUGAGCAGCAUGUUCCUGCUGCAGCUAGUCGAGUCUGUUUUCAGGAGCUCACUUCGGAAGUCCUGUUCCCAGUCUGUACCUGAAUGCACCACCAGUCUGUUCAGUCAGUCACACUGCACACCAGGGAGAGAGAGCAAAAAGAAUGUAUUAAAUUAACGUGUACAGACAUGUGAGAGUCAAACAGCAUCAUAUUAUUUUUAAUUUUAAUAUUGUUGCAGUAAGUAAACGUCAGAGAGAAGCAGUAUGACACAUAGACACAUAGAUAUAAAGUAUCCAGUCAUAUGACGGGAACACACACCUCUGCCGUGUUCUCUUCUUGUUACACUGAUGCACAGUGUGAGCUCCAGGUUCACUUCUGAUUUCUAAUAUUCUGAGCGGCCAACAGUAAAUAAACAUCAUGAAGUCUGUGGGAAAGACUGUUCUGAUGUCAAAUUAAAGACAUGAAAUAUAUAAACCAAACAUUUAAAAUGUUCCAAAUCUCAUGAAAUCGUUUUUUUUCACAUCUAUUAUAUUUGUUUAGUUUUUCAGUUAUUGGAGUUCAGAUAUUGAAUCAAGUUUUCGUUUGAUCUAAUUGAUAUUUUGGCCUGAUUGUUGAAUUUAAUAAUAUCUUUAAUAGUGAAAAAGAACUAAGAUACUAAGAAGACGAAGACCAAUGAACUAGCAGUUCACAUUAAUGAGAUCUGUCUAAUUACACUCACUUCUCACAGUUUAUUUCGAUUAUUCUUUUUUAUAUAAUAGUGGUCAUUCUAAUGUUCCAUAAAUCUAACUUUAUGCCAUCGUUUUCUAUAACUUCACUUUAUUUAUGAAUUAUCCAGACACACUGUGAGCUGCUGCUGCUGUUUGUCCCACAUGAACUGAGUCAGCGCGUCUCAGCAGGUCACAAGACUGUUUGAGUCUUUGAAAUGUCUGAUUUGAUUGUUCGAUAUAUACGAGUUCCUCAUGGCUUUUACGUGUGGUGUGAUGAAUUAGUAUUAUUAUUAUGAAUUGAAUCAGUGCAUUUAAUCAGCUGCACUGUAUUCUGAGGAAACUGUGUUUUGUUGAUUUCUGUGAUGAAUCUGCAUCCAGGCAAGAAAACCUGGUGAACAGUUGUAAGCUUUUAUACAUCCUUUAAUCAUAUCCUUUAUUAGCAAAAACUUCUCCUGUAAUACUUCAACCGACACUGUUCAGCAUUUUGAAGCUGGGUGUUUAUUUUACAAAUCAUUUUAAUAU